AUGACCAGCAUCUUCCUCGUCCUCAUCAGCGCCACCUUCUGCCUGUCAGCUGUUCUCUCGUGCUGUGACGAGUCGCUGGAGCGGCGCUCUGUACGCAUGGCCAUCAUCAAAACCCAACAGGAGAAAGACCUGAUCGAGGCUCUGCAGGCGGUUCUCGAGAAAUUAAAGAAUAAACAACAACCAAACACCACGAAGAAAUUCGGCCAACUUCCCUCUUGUGAUGUGGGUGAGCAGUGUGCAGCACGUAAGGGGGCGAGGGUGGGCAAACUGUGUGGCUGCCCCCCCGGGAGCACCUGCGACUUCUUCAUCAUGAAGUGCCUGUGAGGAAGAAAGCCCUGCACAUCGAGUGCACUUCUCUACUGUUUCCCUUAAAGUGAAGUGUACACUCCUGCUGUGUUUCCCUUUAAAAGUGUACGCUACUGUAAUGUUUUCAUGGAGUCUACAGUUGUGUACCGUAUUCCUGAAAGUGAAGUGUACACUCCUGCUGUGCUCUGUGCACUACUGUACUAUUUCCCUGAAGGUGACGUGUACUUCACUGCACUACUGUAGUGUUUUCAUAAAGGGUGCACUUGUUUCCCUUUUCCCCUUAAA